GUCAAAUGGCUGAGCAUGUCUUGUAUACAAAGCUAAGAUGCACUUCCAGACAAGGUGAAGGUGGGUUUGCAGCAGACUCAGUUUGUCCGUUAAAAAGUGAAGUGGGACAUGCCGUAACACAACAUUUGGGUUUAAAGUCCCAGAAGCUCACACGUCUUUCCCUCCAAUUCCGUCAGAGCAGCCAAACUGAGACGUCGCCGAGAUGUUCAGCACUAAAAGGCUGAAGAAGAAGUCUCAGUCAGUGGAUAUUACCGCUCAGGGGUAUGCUGGCUCUCUGGUGAAGGAUCCACAAGCAUCACCGAUAAACAAGCUCGUGCCACCUGUUGCCAAGACAACCGUAUCUGCUGAGGAGGAAAACAAUGCAACCAACUCCCAGAGGGUGCGGAGCCCGAGACGCACUGACCUGAAGCGGUUCUACACUAUAGACACCGGGCAGAAGAAGACUCCGGAGAAGAAGGAUGGGAGACGCAUGUCCUUCCAGAGACCCAAAGGGACCAUGGAAUAUUCCGUGGAGUCUCGGGACACACUCAACAGCAUCGCGCUCAAGUUCGACACCACGCCCAACGAGCUGGUCCAGCUGAACAAGCUCUUCUCCAGAGCGGUCGUCCCCGGACAGGUCCUGUAUGUUCCUGACCCAGAGUACAUCUCCAGUGUGGAGAGCUCACCUUCCCUCAGUCCCAUCAGCCCCCUGUCCCCCACUUCCUCUGAGGCUGACGUAGAGAAGCUGACCACGGAUUCAGAUAGCGUCCCUCGGAAGGACGUCACCCCUUCUCCGGCGCUCCUCCUGCCCCGCCCCGCUAGAGUUGUGUCAUCCACCUCCGAGGAGGAGGAGGCCUUGACCGAGAAGUUCCUGAAAAUCAACUGCAAGUACAUCACAGAUGGCAAGGGCGCGGUGAGCGGCGUGCUGCUGGUGACGCCCAACAACAUCAUGUUCGACCCGCACAGGGCCGACCCGCUGGUGCAGGCGCGAGGCUGCGAGGAGUACGGCAUCAUGUGCCCGCUGGAGGAGGUCACGUCCGCCGCCAUGUUCAAAGAGGUCACCGACAGCAAGAUCAGGGAGUCCGUUCCCCCAGAUCUGGAGCCCUUGUCGUCGGGUCGCGACCCCUGCCACCUGAAGCGGACGCCGCGGAGCAACGCUGACGAGGCGGAGCUGCGGCAGCGCGACACGGGCAACGACAGCACGAGCACCGCCCCCCGCAGCACCGAGGAGUCGCUCUCCGAGGACGUCUUCACCGAGUCGGAGCUCUCCCCCAUCCGGGAGGAGCUGGUGUCCUCCGACGAGCUCAGGCACGACAAGUCCUCCAACGCCUCCUCCGAGUCGGUGCAGACCAUCAGCCAGGCCCAGGAGGGCGGGGCCCAGGAGCAGGGCCAAACCGGACCGGCGACAAACCCGCCCCCGGCGACCGGCCGACUCCCGUCCGCUGGCGGGGACCCUCCACCGGCCUAUGAGGGAGAGGGAGCCAAGUCGCGCACCCCCUCCGAGUCCCAGGGCUCGGACACGGUGGCGGCAGAAAUCGCACGUCAGGAGGGGCUCCAGGAGGGCAAACCGGCGGGCGAGCGGGGCGCAGACUCGAAGACGGGCGAGGAGAACGCGACCGAGCCAGCUGAGACUACGCAACAUGCCAAAGAACUAGGGGAGGACGGGGGGACCACGAAAGAGGGCUCGCCUGCCAGGCCAGUGGGGGACCCUGAGGAACAAGUUCCUGUGAGAGGGCCGCCGGCACUCAAGGAGAAGCGGAGGUACCGGUCGCAUAAAUUCUUGUGUCUGCGGGUGGGCAAGGCCAUGAAGAAGACCUUUGUGUCCCACGCCAGCGCCUCCAUGCAGCAGUAUGCCCAGAGGGACAGGAAGCACGAGUACUGGUUCGCCAUUCCUCAGGAGAGGUCAGACCACCUGUACUUGUUCUUCAUCCAGUGGAGCCCCGAUAUGUUCGGAGAAGGAAUGGGAGGUCUAGGACGGGAGCCCGGAUUCACUGUCGUAAAGAGGAAUGAGGAGUCGGAAAAAGGGGAAGAGGACCUGCCAGUCACAGACAUCACAGCCAAGGAGUGGGAGGUAGUGUCAGUGUCUGAGUAUCAGCGGCGGGUCGAUGCGCUAAACAGUGAAGACCUGCGCUCUCUCUGCAGACGUCUCCAGAUCACCACCAAGGAGGAUGUCAACUCCAGCCAUGGCCCCUCCGUGAAGACGGACCUGGAGCCGGAGACGCUGCGACCGAACCUCAGCGAGCCGAGCGACCUCCUCCAGGCAGACCAGAUAGAGAAGCUGGCCAAAAAUCUCCCGCCCAGAACCGUGGGGUACCCCUGGACGCUGGCAUUCAGCACGUCCAAGCACGGCAUGAGUCUGAAGACCCUGUAUCGAGCCAUGCAGGGCCAGGACUCACCCAUGCUUUUAGUGGUCAAAGACAGUGACGGACAGCUAUUUGGUGCCUUGGCGUCAGAGCCCUUUAAAGUCAGCGAUGGAUUUUACGGCACAGGAGAGACCUUCCUCUUCACCUUCUGCCCGGAGUUUGAGGUAUUCAAGUGGACAGGUGACAAUAUGUUUUUCAUCAAGGGAGACAUGGACUCAUUAGCGUUCGGUGGAGGGGGGGGUGAAUUUGGUCUCUGGCUGGAUGGAGAUCUGUAUCAUGGCAGAAGCCACUCAUGCAAAACAUUCAACAAUUCCAUGCUGUCAAAAAAGGAGGACUUUACAUUGCAGGACAUUGAGAUCUGGUCGUUCGAAUAGCGCCCCCCUGUGGAGAGAGCAGAGACUUCACCUCAGCUCUCAGGAAGCCUGCUGCCAAGGCGUAGCAUCAUUACGCCGCCUGUCUGUUACCACUGCGUCGAAAAUCGAGUGUGUGUGUGUGAAACGACUGUCCGUGUGUUAGUUAAGCAGAGUUUGGCUUGCGCAAGGGAGUGUGGAGGCCAGAAACCUUGGAGAGCAGCAAGCACACUGGAAUUCACUCUAGGUGUAGCUGGAAGUAGCUAGCAAAGAUCUUCAGUAACCCCAUAUGUAUUGAGCCUGACCCAAACGCAACCCUUGACUGGAUUUAAUGUCGUUCCAAAACCACACACGCAUUCUACCGCAGAGAUUUUAAAAAAGGAAAUGAAAGCAAACGAAUGUGAUGAAGGUUGCACAACGCGAUGCAGCGUGACAGGAUACUGGCAGGAAGCUCUCUUGACCGUGUAUUUAAAGAAAGAGCGAGGGUUAAAACGUAUGGUUCCUUCUGAAGCAGCGCAUAACAUGCUUGUAUUAUAGACCUGUCGUUCACCAUCAGCACAUCUUCAUCUCUUAAGCACAAUAGCUAAAAACAGAGUACCCCUAACUGUAAUGUUCUGUUUACUGGGUAUAUGUGUGAGUCGAGCUUACGCUGGCCUUGCUGAGGUCAGAAGCUCCGUGUAUUCUUUGUAGGCAGUAACGUGUUGCAAUAGAUUUUGUUGAGUAAUAUGCAAAUUAAUUUCACGUGACCUCACACGUGGGCCGUCUGUAGCUCUUGGAGUGAACCACAAAGCUUUUCCCUGGGUAUAUUGGAAAAGCUGAAUAUGCGAGUCAAUGUUUUACAUGGAUACACGACAAUGAUAUAUUUAUAUAUACAAUAUAGUACAAAUUAUAAUGAAUUAUAUAUAUGGCUGUUGUGUGACAGUGAUUCCUUUUUUUUCUGCUGAUAUUUCAGCUGUUACAAAUACACAAUGUAUAUUAUCCUGUAAAUUGUUUAAAUAGAUUUGUUCUAUAUAAAUAUAAAUAUAUAUAACUUACAAAGUGUGGAUUGGUGGGUUGCUGCUAAUAGCACUUUAAUCUAGCUAGUGUAAAAUAAGACCAGGGUUAACUUUCAUCAGCUGUGUGCAAGUAGAUGUGGUCUAUUCACAGCAUCAUUCAUGUUACAUGUAUUUAGGCUAUAACUAGGUUAUGAAUGACAUCCAGUGCUAAGCUGAUGCAGUUGGGCCUGGUCUGUUUAGCUCAGUGGUAGCUGUUCAGCAGUCUUGUCUCGGUCCUGUUAAAGAUGUUGAUUUGUUUAGAGAACAUUUGCUGCUACGGGAGCUUAAAAAGGGCAAACGUCCGGCUGUAUGAAAACGGAAACGGCGCAGGCAGUUUUCUGUCUCCUCUGUCUGGCGAUGUGACUUUGCUGGAGCAGUGGAGGGUGUCAGGUUGUAAAUACAAUGUUCCAGCAGCUGAGUCUUGCCAGAGUUCUUUUCCUGCUUGAGUCACUAACAGCAGGAAGAUGCCACCCCCUUUCCCCAGAAUGACACCAGAUUACAGUGUAACUAUGAUGUGUAAAUAACAAUAAAAUGAAUGUUAUUACAUCA